AUGAGAAGCUAUAAGGGAACGAGCAAUGCUGCCAAGGGCUCUGCAGGUAGCUCGCAGUGCUCGACUCCUGUGGAGAAUGUCAGCAAGUGGAAGAUUCCGCACUAUUACCGCAAAGCUGGGUCAUCCAACAGCGGCGGGAACGUGAUACCUAACGGGGAAUUCAGCGGGAGCUUGAACCAGGCCGGUAAAGGACAUCAAGGCGCGUCCGGUGGGAAUAUCAACAUUAUGACCACACCGAAGCACGUUCAAUUGGACGCGAACGGCAAGAGGAACACCAAAAGUAAGCCAAAAAAAGGCGAAAUGGUCUUUGUAAACUACACCGUGAAGGAUACAGAGAGUCAUUCGCAGUCAGAACCCCCUCCAGUGGCUGCGCCCGUCCCCAGCACCAAGAAAAAAUCGUCCAAGAGUCGCAUGCUCAAAAUUUUCAGUGCUGUGCAUGGUUCUGGAGGCACCAGCCAAGAUGCACAUGGGGCACUGACUCCGCUGGACACGUCGGAUGGCUCUAAUCUGUCAGAGCAAACAUUGCAGUUCAAUUCAUCUUCUUCUACUCCGUCGUCCCAGGCCACGAAGCGCUCCUACAGUUCAUUUUUGAAGUGUGGAACUAUCGGCUCUGCAUCGACCAUCACUUCUCCUGUCAUAGCACCUUCAGAAGACUUAGUUCCGAGAUCAGCAACUUCUCGGAGCUUCAACAGCCCUCGCCCCGGGCUGCACCGUUCGUUGAGCUCCAAUGUAGCUCUGGUCAACAACAAUGGGAAAGCAUCUCUCACUAUGGGGCCCUCUUGCUCCGAGGCUUCAUUAGUCAGCAAGCCGUCGCCUUCAAGAGAGAGAUGCAAUCCUUACAUCAGCGCGCAUCUUGAUCACCAUUAUUUGGAUCAAUACAAAGAUCAUCAAGGCUCUCUCACCGCUUCUGGUGCCCCUUCUCACCCCAACAGCAUGCAUGCGUCUAUGUCUCCUCGUCCUGGGGAUGAAAAUGAUGCCUCGAUUGCAUUUAGUAAAAUGUUCCCUAGGAAACGGGCCAACACAGGCGGGUCCAUGAGUUCACUCGUUUCCGGUUCAACAUCUAACAAUCCCAUUGGGUUGCACAGAAAUUUUUCUACGAACUCGAUUUCCUCGUUGGCUAACAAAUACUCGCCAAUCCGUACCGCUUCUCCCGGCAAAAACAGCUCUGUGAGAAGAUCCAGUUCCCAUAGGUUUUCGCGCGAUUUUUUCGCCUUGCAUAACCCUUCAAAUUAUGCAACUGACCCGUCUUCUGGUAUGGAUACGUACUUGGACGCUCAGGCCAAACAAAGACAGACGCACAAAAAGAAGCAAGAAUCGAUUUCCGAUAUCCGCGGCGUUAGCACGAAUUCUUCUCUUUCAUCUGCAUCCACUCCUUGCCUAUUUGAAACUUCUCAGAAUGGCAACUAUAUCAACAAUUUUGAAAGACAGAACAACACGCUCUUCUCUUUGGAUCGCGAGAGUUCGCUGGAAAAUGAAAUUUUGGAAGAACAGGAAGAAUCUUCUUCAUAUUCCCCCAACAGAGUAUCCGCCGUGGGCUACAUCCCCAAGGAUAAUUUAGAAAUCACUGAUGAAAGAGCUUCUGAUGUUGCAUCCCUCCAGCAUACCAACUACAGUAGCGCCACGAUGUUCUCUUCCUUGGUGAAUUCACAUUCGACUCUGGAAAGCACUGCGCCUCCAAUAACGUUCCAAGAUCAAAAGGAGUUUGAGAAUCAAAAUGUUGGGAAUACACAUCCGGAUUAUGAGGCUGGUGGCCACCAAGAAGCCUCAGAUUAUUCAGAAAGCCAGAAUGAUGAUUUCUUAAACUUAUAUAUGGAGCUAGAUUUGGGGAGCAGGGCCGAAUUUUUAGCUAGUCAGCAAGGUAAGAUUUCACCUUACGAAAACGAUGGGCCACAACAUCCUAACACGUCAUUCCAGGGUGAUGUCUCCACCCUACACUCUAUGCUGGAUGACUCCCCUGCCACUCUAACCCACAAUCCCGUUGGCUCUAAUAAACGAGACCCAAUAGAAGAUCUUCAGCGCAACGAGCAAGUUCCAUACACGAGCUUUUCUCAUCGUAUUUUGCAUGAUAUCAAUCAGAUUACUCGUUCGAUCAACAAUGAAGAGCGUCCCAAUGGCUCCACCAACGAGUGGGGGCAUUCUCAUCUUUGA